AUGGACCAUCCAACAGCACCUGUAAACUUUGAAAAAAGCUAUGGAUCGACGUGGCAUCUAAUAUCGAAAACCGUCGUGGACCUAGACGCUACAUACAUCCCCUCAGCAGGCCCAGCAGAUCAGUCCCCAGCAAAAAGGCUUAUCAUCGUCGGAGACGUUCACGGUCACCUGUUAGAACUCAAGAAGCUACUCGAAAAAGUCAAAUUUGACAGAGGAAAUGGCGAUCAUCUCAUAUUUGUCGGCGACUUGGUCAACAAGGGUCCUGACAGCGCAGGCGUGGUGCAGCUGGCAAUGGAUCUUGGCGCCAGCGCUGUGAGGGGCAACAACGAGGACAGGGUCCUUGCAGCUCAUGCGGCUUUGAAAAGGGACCCAGAUUUGAAGAUUGAGAUUAAGAAGCCCGUCGAAGAGACUACGUCUGGCGAGAAGGUUGUUUCACCUGCAAAGGAGGAUAUUCCUACGGAGCCUCACGACCCCCAAAGCCUCAAAAGGUACAGCGCCGAGAAGGAUUUUGCAACAGUGGCUUUGUUGAGCGAGGAGCAAAUCUCUUGGUUAUCCUCCUUGCCACUGAUCCUACGCAUCCCCUUGAAGGGUGGCCUCACUCCCCCGUGGAAUGCGGGAACACUCCUCAUCGCACAUGCCGGCCUCGUACCUCAUUUACCAUUGGACAAACAAGAUCACUGGGCGGUCAUGAAUAUGCGUGGACUUGUGUACCCUGAUCCAGGCGCCGAUGUGGAAGAGAUUCGAGCUGAUGUCAUCAAGGGGGUUCGAUCUCGCAUCCGCAGGCAGGUUGCUCUUCAUGAGACCACAGAUGAGUCUAUCAAGGCCGAGUGGAAGAAACUAGAUGAAUCACUCAACGAGGGACGCGGGCACAGCGGUCGUUACCAAGAUGGUCUUAUUGGAUGGCCACUCGAAAGUCGCGAAGGCGAUUGGUGGUGCGUUGCUUGGAGUCGAGCCCAAAACUCGAUCAAUUCUCCCGAAGAAAGGAGCAUCGUUGUAUACGGACAUGAUGCCAAGGUUGGACUCCAGAUUGAGCCUGAGAUGGAUAUUCAGAUCAAGACGGUCGAAGGAGGCGAGACGGUCAAUGGACAACGGUAUACGUUUGGACUCGACUCGGGAUGUGUGUACGGGAACCAGCUUUCGGCCAUGGUCGUAGAGAGGAAUUCUAGCGGAGAACUGUCGCAUUCGAUCGUCCAGAUAGAUUGCGUCAUGGCAGACAAAGAGAAAUAG